AUGUCUUUCCAAAAGCCAGAGAAGGAUUUCGGUGAUGGACCGAAAAUCCACAAGAUCCGCAUCACUCUCACGAGCCGCAAUGUCAAGGCCUUGGAGAAGGUCUGCACCGAGCUCAUCGACCGCGCGAAGUCCAAGGAUCUCCGUGUGAAGGGCCCGGUUCGCUUGCCCACCAAGAUCUUGGCCGUCACCACCCGUAAGACUCCCAAUGGUGAAGGUUCCAAGACCUGGGAUCGUUUCGAGAUGAGGAUCCACAAGCGAUUGAUUGAUCUCAAUGCGCCCACCGAAGUCGUCAAGCAGAUCAUCAUCAACAUCGAGGCUGGUGUCGAGGUCGAGGUCACGAUUGCGGCUUAG